CAUCCCCACCACCACAAUAACCACGGCGUCGGACGGCGGUGGGGGAGACGUGGUGGCGGGGAGGCCUUGUCCGGUAAGCCCUCCGCCAUCCAAAAUCCACAAGCUGGGCGGUUCGGGUACGAGUUCAAUUGACGCUGAGGAUCAGACUGAGGCCAUGGCUGCCAGGGACGGCAAGAUCGGUGAGCGGGUGGAUUCGGAUGAGGUACGCGGUGAGCAUGAGAUCACCGAAUUCAAGUGUGGCGAGGUUGUGCACGAGGAGCUUCAGAAGGACAAGAUGAACGCAGGUAAAUCAAAUCAGCAGAUCGAGAACAAGACGACCCCGGGGGAGGGGGAGGUGGAGAUGGACCUAGGCAAAUCAAACUCGAUCGUCUCCGAGCAGGAGAUCAAGGACCUUGUGCGCAGAUGGAAGAGAUGGUCGCUUUUAUGAAUUACAGGAUCAUACCAUCAGCCCCACUUAACUGCAGCAGCACCACCACCACCAAGGAGACGCCAAAAGAUGAGGAAGACAAGGUGCUGCAGUCGGGGAUCGACGGCAUCUUACAGCGGCUAGCUGAUAUGCGGCGUGACAUGUCCAAGCUCAAAUCGGAACUGGCCCCUUUCCGGCACAAGUACCCUUAUGAGAAGGUGCUGACUUCUUCAGAGGAGAGGGAGAAGAGGCUCAAGUUCAGGCAGGAGUAUGAGAAGAUGGAUAAUAAGGAGAAGGCAAGGAGGGAGAUGGAGUUCGACGUGAGUGACUUCGAGGGCUACUGUCAAGGCUUGACAUCUUUAGUUGAACACUUUGAAUUCAUGACCCUAGUGAGCCCCAUGCACUUUACACACUGCACGCCCAGACAGAUGCCACACCAUCUUGCUACCUACGGGACCACCUUGCAGAUCUUGUCUUUCAAAAUUGCCAACAUCGAUUUGGACCUGAAAUGGCCACUCCUGGAAUGGCCACUUAAAGUGUACGGCGUCGUCGCCGCACGAGACAAUGUGGAUCGUAGACGCAAUAUUCUCUUUUUGAGGGAAAGGGGGAACUUCCAAGAGAUCACCCAAGAUAAACCCUUCUUGAGCUUGACUGGCCCAACUCGUGCAAUUUUGGCUAAGGACCCUGUUAACCUCGAAGUCCAACUAAAACUUAAAGGCCCAACAGAGCCUGAAGACAGAGUGUUGAUCACUAAACGAUGCCAGUACAGUGGCUAUCAUACCGAUAAUGGUUUAUACGCUCUUACCUUGAAGAACUGUCUUUGCACAACAGAGUUAAGCCUUCAACAACUAUACCGUCAAUCAGUCCAAGCAACUUUUUUGCGUGUUGGUGGCUUUGUUAAAGGCAGUACAACCCCUUUCAUUCAUGGAGGCCGAGUUGCUUGCUCCUCACCACCCGACGAAGUCCUAGUCAUGGAUAGCCAAGGCAUAGUCACGGAAGUUAUUGAUCGUCCGUCAACCCAGGUUGUGUUGCUCAAUUCUCAUGACUGUGAUGGUGGGAAUAUGCCAAUUGGCGAAGAAGACGGAUACCUUGAUCUGUCAAGGCAUGUAGUUUCCGUUGAACUAAAGCCUGUGAGGCAGUAUUCCGAAGAAUUGGAGGAAACCCUGAAAGUUGUCAUACAAGCCUACUCAGAGUCUGGCGAUAUUGCCGCGCAAGCUCAUGUCAAGCUCAGGCCUCAGUAUUGUGGCAUAAGUCAGCAUAUAUGUGACCUCAACGGAUCUCAGGUGGAGAUUACCAUUGCUUGGUCAGCUAUUCUUCGAAGCAACAAGGUUAUUCCGUGA